CCUUUGGAGAGGCAAGGCAAGGCGGAUCCUCGGGCCGCGCCGUCGGGGCGCACCGGAGCGCGCAGGCGGGCGGGUCCCCUUGGAGAGGCAGAGCAGGGCGCACGGCGUGCCAUGGAGGUCAGCGCGCCGGCGGCCGCCACGUCGAGCGAUCUGGCCGACCUAAACGCGCAGGACGCAGCCACGGUGUGCGAGGCGCUGAGCCGCUACGAGGAGACGCUGCGCGGCGCUGUCAAGGAGAUCCACGUGGACAUCCAGGUCUUCAAGAGCGGCGUGGACCGGCAGGUGGCCGAGGUGCUGCGCCUAGCCAGCCCGCUGGCGCGCACGGUGGCCGAGCUCCAGCAGGAGAACCAGCAGCUGCGGGCGCAGGUGGAGCGCCUCGCCCGCCAGGUGGAGGCGCUCGGCCGCGCCGCCUCCUGGGAGCCCCCCGAGGCCGCCACCCGCUUCUCCAGCCACACCAGGCUGGCCCUCUCCGGCAAGAGUCAGAGCGUAGACCUUGAGGAUCAUGAGGACUCUGAGAGCAGAAGAACUUCUGAGUCUACCUUGGUUGAAAAUGGACACCAGCCAUCAGGAGGCCUGAACAAACUCGCCCAGGAAACGGCCUCCUCUCUUCACCGGCCAAAUUCUCCCCUCAAGGCCCACGCUCCAGCGGUGACUUUACGGAUGCCGCACCUUCCAGUUACUGCGGUAACCAGACUAUCGGAAACCUUUUCAGGAGAAACUACCGGCUCGCCAAUCGCGCCCAACAUCCCUGGGGGGCAGCCGAACAAAAGCCACAGCGAGGCAGUGUCAAAAACGUCAAGCCAAGCAGUGAGCACUGUGAAGAACUGGAGUACGGGUUCUGUGAGAACAGCAAGCAGCUCUGUCACCUCUGAGAAAUUAUCUUCCGUCACAAAGUCCGUGUCGGCUCUGAGCUACGGGAAGGCCAGUGGCGGCCAGGCGAGUGACAGUGCCACAGCCAGCCAGUUGAACACAGCCCCCAAAUCCCGCUCCCCGCCUCUUACAGUCCCCCGGCAAGUGGAGAAGCGGAGGGAGUUGGUGAGGUCACAGACGCUGCCCCGUGCCUCUGGAACCCAGGCCAGGAAAGCCCUCUUUGAGAAGUUUGAGCAAGAGAGCGGGAAGGGCAAGGGGGAGGCCCGGGCAAAGCUGAAGCGAUCACAGAGCUUCGGCGUUGCCAGUGCCAGCAGCAUCAAGCAGAUCCUCCUCGACUGGUGCCGCUCCAAAACCAUUGGCUACAAGCACAUUGACCUGCAGAACUUCUCCUCCAGCUGGAGUGACGGCAUGGCCUUCUGCGCGCUGGUGCACUCCUUCUUCCCCGAAGCCUUCGAUUAUAACACGCUGGACCCCGCCAAGCCCAAGGAGAACUUUGAGCUGGCGUUCACCAUGGCCGAGAAGAUGGCCAGCUGCGACCGCUUGAUCGAAGUGGAGGACAUGAUGGUGAUGGGCCGCAAGCCGGACCCCAUGUGCGUCUUCACCUAUGUGCAGUCCCUCUACAACCACCUCCGCCGCUUUGAGUGACGACAGCCCGGCUGGGCCUCCCCACCCCAAGGGGGCCGUGACUCGGGGAAGGGGCGGAGACCCAGACACAGCUGCGCUGGUGCUCCCGCUUGCUGCUGCGCAGCCGCCCACGAACGCAACUGUGGCCAAGGAGGGGCCCCGAUGACCGGAUGCUGCCGUACGCCCCGAGGAAGCGGAGGGAUGGUGCUGGAGCCCCGUCUGGUCAAAAGUGGGUCUCCCGAUGGCUCGUGCUCCAGAACUGCAGGAGGCCCAUGGCCGCCCGCCACUUCUCUCGGCAGCUACUGCCCAUUGUGUCUCGAUCACUCUCCAGUGGCCGGAUGGGUUCCCCCCCCCCAGCCCCCAAGAUGGUGCAUCCUUAGUUGCCCCGACUGCCAGAGAGCGAUCAAGCUCCCCUGCCAUCCAGGUGCCUGGAUUAACCAGAGGUGCUGCUAGCCCAGGGUGGGAACUCAAGCAGACAGCCGUUCCCACCCUGCCUGCCUCUCUGGGAAGAUGGGACAGCCUGGUUGUCGGCCAACCAAGUUAAGCCACGGCAGGCGCACACACGGGUCUCCCCAGGUGCAGGAGGUGGCCGGGGGUGUGGACUGCCACUCACGCAGGCAGGGCAGCUGCGGCUAGACGGGCGGUCCUCAAACAAAAGAGGCCGUUGCCAGCCUGGAGAAGAGACGCAGGCGCUGGCUGGACUCCGGGGGGGCAGCUGUCAAGGGGGGCAAAGGCUUCAGAAUGGGAGUCGGCUGUGCUUGGGCGGUGCGGAGGGCACCUGAGGGCCCCCUGCACCAAUGCACUCUGGCAGGAGAACAUCCCAGGUAGGGACAUGGUCAUGCAGACCUGCUGCCUGCUCAGUGCUGCCAGCAGAGCAUGGGUGCCGGAGGGUGGUCGAGUUGGGGCUAAGGGCUGGCUGGGGAGGUUCUGCGUGCCACAUCUGCCCCUUUGGACAGUGGUCUGUACCCCGCUGCUCCCCCUUCCAGGCCCAGGGGCCCGCCCUCCUGAAGGAGCUCUCUGUCCCCCACAGUCCCCUGCCUAAGGCCGUGAUGGCCAUUACUUUUCAAGUGGGGGCCACUCACGUAAGAGCUUUCUGGGGAAGGGCUACAUUUCCCAGCAUUCCCUGCAUGCCUUCCAAGAUGGGGCAGGGGCUCAAGAGGGCUCCGUUUCCCUUAAAGGAGCCCCACCGGCACGGGGCAGAGUCCAGCAUGGUGGGAAUAGUAGUCUCCAGCUGGGGCCAGGGGGACUGUGCUUUGGCCAAAACUUCAGGGCUGACGGAGGCCGCCACUGGCCCCGGCAGUGAAGAACACUCCAACAGGGAUUCUUAGACGGUGUCGACUACAACUCCCAUGAUCCACAGGCCAAAGGCCACUGCAGCAGGGGAUGCUGGGGGUUGUAGUCAACACCAGUAAAUCCCUGUUAGAGGGAACACUGACCUCAGCGCUUGCAUGCUGCUGCUCCUGUCUAAGGCAGCGUUACCUGCUUAAUAUAUCCUCCAACCUACCCAGGUGGGCAAGGGGCAGGUACCUGUGCUGUCCAGAAGCCCCCCAGAACUGCACUGCUUCCCCACAGCACAUCCCAAGCUCUUGCCUUGGAGCCGGUGGGGCUAAAGGGCUCCCCACACAGAUGCUAGGAGCUGCUUGCUGCUAUUUAUUUUUAAAAAGAAAGGCAGGGGGUGGGAGGAGAGAAAGAGAGACUGUGGUUCUGUACUGAUGGCCAUGUCUGGCCACAUACACUGAAGGCAGCUCAGGGCUUUGUCUGUGUUUAUUUGUAAGAGAAACGUGCAAACUUGUAAACCGCGACUCGAUAACAUUAAAAAAACCCAAAACAAAA